AUGUUUCGCCGAGACAACAACAAAUUCGUCAAGACCGCUGGCGUGGUGCCUCCAGGCUUGACCGCGGUGGAACGUAACUCGUCCUAUAAUGGGCUUCCCAUGACGGUCGUGUUGGCGCUUAUCGUCAGCAUCGCCACCAUCUUCUUUUCGAUGCGCAUCUAUGUUCGAAGUACUCUGAUCAAGCGACUUGGAUGGGAUGACGAUAGCGUCUCUGGGCCGUAUGGGAAACACCUAUGGAAUGUAUCGCUGGCAGAGUUCGUAGGCGAAAGACUUGCGACGAUACAAUACGUUAUGCAGGUCAGCACCACACCCACGCUUGGUCUCAUCAAGCUCAGUAUUUUUAUGCUCUAUUAUGAUAUCUUCAAUGUGUUGUCCUGGGUUCGCUGGAUGAUUCGUAUCUCGGCCGCCCUGAGCAGUGCCUUCUAUCUGGCCCUCACCAUCUUCAAUUUCUACGUCAUGACCCCUCGUUCAGGUCAAACCAUAGCCGAGCGCUUUGGGAGUGAGGCAGUCAUCGAGGCCUCCAAAGUCUCCAUCCCCACCACGUCGGUUGGAUUGGGCAUCGAUAUCAUUCUCUUCCUCAUGCCUUUUAUCGUCAUUUUCCGACUCCAAAUGAAGAGAAAUCAAAAGAUCCGGGCUUCAAUGGCUUUCAUAGUCGGUUUCUUGGCCAUCUUGGGCUCUACUUUGAGUCUGAUCUUCAAGGUUCAAACCUAUGGUGAUCCUGACCCAACCUACCAUUUUAUCUUGGUCUGCUUUUUCCUGUAA